GCGACGGGCAGUUGACGUACGUGCUCGAUGUGUAUGACAACCUCAACGCUGCCUUGGCCAUGACAGGUGAUCGAUGUGCUGUCGGUACGAGCUCCUCAGUGUUUUGAUAACCUUCUUCCAAAAGAGAUCUGAAGGAAGAAAGGCCAACACUGCUCCGCACGCGUGCAACCGCAAUGAUAGUGCUUACGACCUUAUGAUACGACCAAGAUACCCACGCACAGCAUGCUCCACGAAAUCCUCUUGUCCCUCUCCGGGCACCCAAGCCCACUGCUCGAUGCCAAAAGCAACACUCCAAGGGACGGAAGCGUAGACUUUCCCCAUCUCUCUCCACCGGAGCAAGCUCUUAUUCAAACAAUUGGACGGUUAGCUCGAUUGCACCGCGAAGUACGGGACCAGAUUGGGCGAAUUUCCUCUUCUCACCCCUCCACAGUUGCGCGAGCCGUUGCGACAGCCAUCUCUACGGUUCAGCUGGAAAGGUUCCAGAGGAAGAUAUUGGAGGUUGAAGCCAAAAUUCUGAAAAGAGAUGCAGCAAAUGUGGGCGCUUACAAUAUCGUCCCCCUCGCAGGCGUUGUCGGGGAAUUCAACGAGUGGACGCGAAUGCUAGACUGGUAUUGGCAGCUCGUCUCUUUUAUUCAACCACGAAAAGGAACUGCGGCGACUGAAGAAUCUUCAACACCAUGUUCCGGUGCUGCACUCAUUGACAGGUUGCGACAAGAAGCCCAGACCGGAUAUCCGGACAUCGAAGUUGCCGCCCUGGAGUUGAGCAAAGUAGCUGAGACGGCAUGGCUACGGCAGCUCUCCAGCUGGGUACUUUAUGGUCGUCUUCCAUUCGUGGGCGCACAUGACUUCUUUGUUCAGCAAAUUGAAACUGAGGAUGGCAUCGACGUGGAGUUCGACGUAGUCAGUGCUCUCCUUCCCAGAUUCGUUUCACGCGAUACAGCGGCCUCAAUUCUUUUCAUUGGGAAGUCACUCAAUACCAUUCGCAUCCGCGGCGGCACCCCAGAUCAUGGAUCGAUAUCUUUUACAGAGAUGGACCUCAUACCUGUUCAUCUUCAGCACUUGGCACAACUUGUCUUCCCGCUGUCUUCUUCGUCCCUUACCACAGCAAUUGGCGAAAUACGAUCUUCCUUGUCUCGUAAUACCCUGCAACAACUUCUUCCCCUUCCAUCAAUCAUCCAGAUUCUUUCUUUACUUCGUGAUUUCUUUCUGCUGCGUCAAGGCGAAUUUGCUGUUGCUUUGAUCAACGAAGCAGACGCGUGCUUGCGGGCUCGUGGACAAUCUUCAAAAACUGCGGAAAGUUUCAAGGGAAUGCUCAUCAAGGAAACCGAGGUCACAAAAAUCCUGACUAAAACUCUUUCGACGUUAGCCACCAGUACAGAUGACGAUGCAAAUGCGUCGCUAGAUUUUGCUCGUGCUCUACUGCGGCUUCACAUUUCAAAGCCGGCGUCAACGCGACCUUCCACACCCGGACGUGCCAAAACAGUUGAAAAACUACCUCGUCUCUCACCGGUUGCAUUCAAUGAUCUACUUUUGCCUGUUCCAACAAAUUUAUCGAUAGAUGUUACCACACCCUUCGAUUUGUUUCUCACGCCAGCUGAUAUCCAUGUAUACUCUGCUCUACAGGCAUAUAUCCUUUCGAUACGCCGCGCGCAUCUCCGUAUCUGUUCCCUAUGGCGUCAGACACCACUCCGUAGAACCUACCCAACCUCUCUUACUCCUCCAGAAACAAGCAGACCAUACGCUGCGAAAUUACUAGCCAAGAAGCGGACAAGAGCAACACGACGUAACAAUGACAUGCGCGCUAUAUGGGCAACCUGCUCAGCGGCAGCUUUUUUGCUUGGCGAAAUGGGGAAUUAUUUCGAAGGCGAAGUCAUCGACCAAGCCUGGUCACACCUUCUGGACUGGCUCGUCCAGAAGCCGGAAACACGACCGGAAAGUGCAAAGUCUCACCGUAGCAGCUCACAGGCCUCUUUCGAUUCUCCUAGCGCUUCGCCUUGUGGUGGAAGUAAUGAAAUUGCAUCACAUCUAAACAAGCUGUCGAUUACAGAUAAGGAAGCCGGAUCAGGAGCCAUGCCUACACCCCACGAUCCCGCCGUCCUAACAAACGCCCACCGUAUGUUUCUCGCCGCACUCGCUCGGUCCCUGCUCACCAUUGAUAUUCCCUUCACCAGCUCCCUGCGCGAUCUUCUCCAGAAUAUUGACACUCUCGUUGCGCUGGUCAUUCGACUACAGUCUAUUCAGGAAUCACUCGAUCUGGAAGAAGACGAAGGAGUGGUUGAUCCGAUGGGCGACUUUGCAAAACAGGAAGAAGAUGUCAUUCGAGAACUCGGUCGCUCACGAAAGAGAGUCGAUGCUGGACUGAGGGCUGUGGUCGAAAGGUUGAGGGUAGUCGACCAGGAAAGCGCAAUAAGAGAUGCUGACGAGGGUGAAGUGGAAUUGGGCAUGUUUGUGCCCUACAGGGGAGCUGGCGUCGAGCGACUCUUGAUGAGGAUAGACGGAGGAAGACGUGAAGUCGGAGGCGAAGAUGGAGAACAUGGGGAUAGUGAAUGAAUAAAGUACAAGAGCGAAGCUAAGUCGUGUAUGUUGCCAUCUCAAUACAACACAAACUAUCCGAGUUCGAAUAAGUAACUGGAAACACGAAUUGCGAUAUAGCCGAACUGAUGAGACUACGAGCGGACUUGCGGCAUGAACGAAUGCCGUGGCGGGCAUGCCGAACAAAGGUGAUGUCGCUGCUAAUGAAAGCAUUCUCACAGCUGAAACGCGAAUGGAGCCGGAUGAACUACUAGAAUAUUGACGUUAAGAUCAAUCUGUGGUAUGUAGUGAUGUCUCAUGAUCAAUCUUAGUACAAAUGGGUCACUAUUGCUCCUAAGUGACGACACGAAACAAA